AUGUUGAUCCUGGCGAGACAGAGCUUACUGGCGCUCGCAUGCGCAAGCGCCGUCAUUGCGACUCCUACACCUUCCACACAGGCGGAUGCCGUUCUCACUCGCGACCUCGCAAUACGGCAAGACACCAUUGAAAACUGCGCAGAAAACUACACAACGAAGAAUGGACUCGCAUUCAAACUAUACUGCCAGCAGAAUGCCCCUCUGAGCGACGCAGUUAGAGAAACAACCGGGGCGGGAGUCUGGUUUUAUACUGCGACUUGGGAUGAAUGUAUGGAACACUGCUCGCGCUUCUCAGGCGAUGCGUGUUAUGGUAUGACCUGGACUGUACCCGGCAACCACUGCUGGCUGAAAACGAGCAAUGUUUCCACCGAAGCCCUUACACCCGCACCAGAAGCAAUAACCGCUCUUCUCAUCGACAGGAACCAGAUGAAAGGUUACGACACCAAGUGCCCAAAUGCAGACUUGUCGGACAAGCCUCUUCCAGGCGUCGAGGGCAUAACAUACACGACACACUGCGGCAAAGUAAUUGACGAGCCACCACGCUGUUUCGAAGAAUUCGACUGCUUCGACUCGGACUACCGCGCCUUUUACCACACCGAAACCCUCGAAGAAUGCCUUAAAAUCUGCACCGGCCUACACCCCCUCUGCCGCGCCGUAUCCUGGAACCCAGAUCUCACCGCCGGUUACGCAAACUGCAAGCCCAAAUACGGCAACUCACCCAAAUUCAUCAGUCCUACGGCAAAACAAGGCGUCAUCCACGCCGCCGAAAUCGUCGAAUUCGACAUCCCAGACACAAAGUGCCCAGAGCAAAAUACAUAUCAAGCCACGGCCGGCGACAAACCGCGUUUCGACAUUCACUGUGGCAAGACGAAUCCCGGACGCAACAUCACGAACCUCCACACGCACAACAUGACUGCUUGCAUCGAUGCCUGCGCCGCAAGCGACAAAGGCUGCAAAGCCGUCUUAUUCUCCUCGACCCUCGACAGCGGCUACAACAACUGCUACCUCCAAAAUACGUCAAGCAUAAUCUCCGACCUCUCCACCUCCACCUACGCCGUUCUCGCAGACAGCGACGUCCCUUCCUCUUCACCUUCAAACUCUUCUUCCCCUUCUUCUUCUUCCUCCUCUAACCCCUCUUCUUCCUCUUCCUCCUCCAGCAGUGGAGGAAGCAAAGCCUGGAUCGCCGGCCCCGUCGUUGGCGGCAUUGCCGUCCUCGCCGCCCUCAUCUUCGCAGUCUUUUGGUGGCGCAAACGUAAAGCCAGCAAGGAAGGUGCGGUUGAGAAAGAUGCUCAGAAUGCGGCGUAUGGGUCUGUGCCUGUGCAUGAUGCGGAGCAGAGCUAUUAUCGUCAGGAUGGAGCACAGGGGGGCAGAGCUGAGAUGUAUACGCCUGGUCAGACGAAUGAGUUGCCGGGGAGUAUCAAGUAUGCGCAUAAUGCGAGUGAGGCGCAGGAGUUGCCGUAG